ACACGGAUAUGGAGUUGAAAGCAAUCGAAUUAAUUGGAAUCGUUUUCUUGGUGAGUGAGUUUUUUUAUUGAAUUUUUCAUCAUGUGUUGAGGCUUUGGACAAAACCGAAUCUAGUUCAAAACUUAUUAACCACCACAAAAAUAUUUAGUGGAUAUUGAAAGAGACUUAGGUCUUCCGCGUAGAGGCUUCCAAGCUGCCAUUGCCUUUCAUGUGACUCAGUUCUUGAAACCGAAUAGCCUCGGCCCUCGGGUUCUCGCCCUGAUACUUAUCACUUGGUUCUCGAGAUCAAAGGCAUAAAAAACAAUUAAAACCGGAUUAAUUAAAAUAAAAGCACGAGAAAAUUCUCAGGCAAGGGUAGCAUAUCACGAAAACGAUGUUUAGUUGUCGUGGACUAACUUUAAGUUUGUUUAUAAAAUGUAGCUGACUAUAAGAACCAUACAAAAUUUCUGGCUGCUAAUCUUGAGUUCCUAACAAUGGUCGUAUGCAUCUGUUCGAAAGAGUUUCCCAAACGCAGAAAUAGGCAAAAUUUAAUCUGUGUGGACUUCAUAACGAAUUCGGUAUAUAUAGCUGAUUACCCGCGGUGUUUUGUUUUCUAGGCACUUACAGAAGCCAAUAACAAGAACCCACUACAUUCGUCAGGAUGCAAGGUAGAAAGAUUCUGUUAUUUCACUCCCUAAAAUUGGGCUGUAAAAUUCACAAUGCAUUAAGGCAUUUAUUAGAAAAUAAAAGAAGGAAAUUAUUAAUUUUAUGGAGUUUGAAAUUCUGAUUUAGAGCACAGAAUGCAACAUAACAUGCUUUGGUAAUUAAUCUCAUUUAAGAUCCAUUCAGUUUGGUUUACUAAUUUGCGAACGAAAGGAAAACUCAAAAUCCCACUUUAUCAUUAAGGGCUAAUUGAGAAUGACCGCAGUUGUGUUGUGUGUCAGGUAAACCUGGUUCAAGUCGUGACGCAAUCACUCAGCACCGAUCACAGUGCGCAGUCGAUGAAAGCCAAUGAGAUUCCGGAUUAAUUCCUCAUAGGGGGGUUCAUGAAGGGAACAAAAACUUAAGCAUACCCGACCCAUGGCGUCGAUUUCACCGAUUACGUCCGCGGUAACUUUAAGGACUUUAACAUUGUGGAAUAUCUUAAUGACGGCAAGCCGUGCAGGAAAGUGGAGCUUGUGAAUAUCCGUGGGCACAUGGGUAUUCAUCUCACCGCACGUUUUUGACAGAGUACCAGUUACCUUUUACACAUCGACAGCAGCCAGACCGGCUGCAAUUUCAACCCGACGUCCGGCUCAGUGUCAAGUGAAGAUAACUUUGGUUAUCAUGCAACCAUCAACCACCAGUUCCGUUGCACAGCGGGGGAUCUUUCCACCACCCAGUGGUGGUUUGGUGCCCAUUUGUAAGAGACAAUGGCACGCACCAAAGGGUCUUCAAAACGACAGAAGACGACUCUCAACACACAAGUAUUCAUUCUGUAAACUAGAUGUAGGAAAUAAGAAUGUAAUCUUUGGAAGACUCUUCAAUAAAGACUGAGAUCUCCAAGAACUGAGUGUAUUCUUGAGUUCUUACCCGUUUUCGCGUUCCUUUUAUGAGCAGUUUGGACUAAAAAAAACUUCAAUGCCACAAUCCUUUAGUUUGUACACAGUUUCUCAGUUCUGCAUAUGCGUAAAUUCUAGCAUGCUCAUUGCCCCAGAGCAGGUCCAUUGGUCCCAGUCCUCAGCAUUGCUAAAAGUUGCAACUUUAUUCUGUUAAGGUAUUUAGUAUAUUCCGAUGGAACCAUGAGGGCCAUUUUGAAAAUUGGACAAAAUUGAGUAUCAUAUGUUCACAAGUUCUACAAGAAUUUCACAUAAUAAGGCAGUCAAACAAACAGACAAAAAAGUGGGUCACUUGACACUAAAUCAGUCAUUAAGCGCUGUCACUGAGAGUUUCUAUUCGUGACCAUCUCGUGAUCGACCCAAACGUGCGCCAAAAGCUCAUAACAUUUAUCUCCUGACAGAUAAUGUCAGAGUUUGACACAAUUGAGUUUAAUAACAGAUUUGCCAGCACUUAAACAGCUUGAUAAUCAACCGAUGAUUUUUCAAAUAGCAUGCAUGUCUGAAAAUUGUUGAGGAAAGAACACCAAUUGAUUAUCACUGAAAUGGAGUCGAAUAGGAUGGAUCGUACGCUUUUUUAUUUUUUAAAAGAUCUGUAAAGCUAAUGAAAACUAUUCCGCUUCGAACUAUCAGAAACCGACUAUGGUAACUGUACAAUUAUUGUAUUUAGUAGCUAACUUUUACUGAUCACUCGCAGCCGCAACUAAAAUGGUUCAAAAUGAAUUUGUCUUUUUUUUCAGGUGAAGUUUUAAUGAAAAAGACCUUAUCCCUUCCUUUAAAGUAAUUUUUAAGAGUAAGUAACAAAAAUUUCAGGUCGCCACCCAUAUUGAGAUCAUUUUAUUAAAAACAAACUAGCAUAUUAGCCGGCUCUUUUCCCUUGCCUUGCCAGUCUCCUGCUAGUCUAGUAUGCGCAAGAGGAUCGAUUUUGGUCACAAUUUUGAGUGCCAUUAGCUGAAUUUUUUCCCACUCAAAACACUAAAAUAUGCGUCAUUCGAGUGAAAUUGCUAUCAUUAAAUAUUUGUUUUGGUUCCCUUCCCUUGGAACUAUUCGAAGUCGAGUGAAUGAUGAAACAAUUGAACGACAAACUGUCUGGUAAAGUAGAUUAAAUUAGAACUACGUCGAAAAGAAGAACAACCGUCAAAAUGUUUCCUUAAGAUUCGCUUGUGGUUUUUGUAUUUUGUCCUUUCAGUAUCCUUUACGCAUUAACUGAAAAUGAACAUAUUUGCAGUAACGACUGAAGAGCAAACAACUACUUUUGGAUUCUUGACAUUGUUUACCGUUCGAGUAAUUUUGGUUAAAGAUGUUUAAGACGAAACGAGAUCUUAGAACUUGAGCUUCAAGGAAAUCGCCAUUGCGUGAGACUACUUUCCUCAAACUCUACGCUGAUAGCCAACUCAUUGUUUCAAAAAUAUUUACCCAUCGGUGGAGUAUGAUUUUUUUUCGUUAACGCAUUGACAUCACUUUUCAGUAUAAUUGUUCAAGGGAUUAUAGAAAUGUGCUCGGACUGAUUGGUUGGGGAUUGCGCCAUAUCUCGCUAUAUAGAAUCACCCCUCACGAGGUGGUUAUAGCGAGAGCGCUAAAUUUCAAAAUGGCUGCCUUACAUUUUGUCAUUGUUUUCGAGAAAGUGAUAAAUGCUGUAGAGGAAAAUUCAAUUCCCAAGAGCACAGACGACGCUAUUAAAUUUGGUCGGUAGAACACAUUUCAAAAGAUAGACAUGAUCGAAUAAAAUAAACCUGUUAAAACUGCUUGCCUAUCUUGAUACGAGUAAUCACCACAAUUGUACCAAAAUAUACGCAAUUGGUCUCUUUAUUUACAGAAUUUACGAAACAAUUAGAAAGCACCUGAGCAAAUAUGCUAAUUAACAAACAUUUGCCGAAAGGCGAAGUGAAUAUUGUUGAAUAAAGGCGAAUAAUUGUUAAACAUGUCAUCUAUACUUUUCCUUUCCACCGCAAAACCCUCCUCCUCUCAAAACUCCUCUCUAGAAAUUUUUAAAAAGUCUGUUCGUGGAAAGUAAGAAGUCCACAUGCAAAUUCUCUUAUGUAUAGUUGCAAAUCAUGCAUGUGUCAUGAUCAACUUUCAUUUCAUUGUUCCAUUGUCUCCCAACUCUUUCUAUAUUUUGCCGACGACCAUGGAAGAAUGCGAUGGUUGUAAAAGAAUAACACUUGCGCUAGUUAAAUAUCCGAAUUCCAAAUCGACGACAAUUUCCUAAGUGAGGCUAAUGUAAAGCUUGUAAAGUUAGAACUUUUCAGUUAUCACUUUACCUGAAACGAACGUGUUUUUUGAGAAACAUUUUCAUGUUACCAGUUUGUUUAUUUCCUUUGUACACGUAUGCACUUACCUUAAGACCGAUCUGAACAGUCGUUGAGGAUAUUUCCGACUGCCAUCGAACUAAGAAGGAAUUUUAUUGUUUCUGUACUGCUCGAAGCUUACCAAUCGAAGCUCACCUAGACACCGCGAGAAAACACGGAUAUGCAGUUGAAAGCAAUCACAGUUAUUGGAAUCGUAUUCUUGGUGAGUGGGUUUUUGACUGAAUUUUUAAUCUCGUGUCGAGGCUUGAUCGUUUCAAUCGGUAUUUUCUUUUCAAGGAACUUUCAAAUAGGGCCACGGGCUUUAUUGAGUAUUUAUUGACAGAAUCGGAUCUAGUUCAAAACUAGUUAUUAACCAGAACAAUUAUUAGAUAUUGAGAGAGACAAGUCUCCGAAUUCCGUAGAUGUCUCCAAGGCAGUCUAGGGCCUUUCAUAUGAGACACGAUUUCAAACCGAACAGGUUCGGUUCUCGAGAACUCGCCUUAUUACUUUUUUCGUGUCAAAAUCAAUGUGUUCUUUCCCGCUGGCCCGGUUCUGGAGAUCUAUGGAAAGAAGAGCUUUAAAGAUCUGCAUCAAUUAAAAUAAAAGCGGAAGUAAAUUCUCAGGAAAGGGUUGCUUAUCACGAAAACGAUGAUUAGUUGUUGCGGACUAAUUUCAAAGUUUGUUUACAAAAUCUAGGUGACCUUUAGACUAUUUUUGAAAAUUUGUUGCUGCUACACUUGAGUUCCUAACAAUGAUCAUAUACUUCUGUUAGAAAGAUUCUCCCAAAUUAAAAAAUUGCAAAAAGUAAAUCCGUGAGGACGAGGAUGUAGAAUAAAACAGGAGAUGGAAUCUUCAAACUUCAGAUUUCUGAAAAGCCACAUAUUCUGAUCGAUUACAUGUAAAAACUACGCAUGAAAAAAAAAAUAAUAUUAGUAAUAACUUCAUUUCAAAUUCAGCAUGCAUGAAAAAUCACCCGUGGAAUUUUAUUUUCUAGGCACUUACAGAAGCCAACAAUAAGAACCCGCUAUACUCAUCAGGAUGCAAGGUGGGAAGUUUUGGUCAUUUCAUUCCCUAAAAUCGCGCAGUAAGAUUAACAACGCAUUAAGGCAUUGAUUAGAAAAUAUAAGAAGGAAAUUAUUAAUUUUAUGAGGUUUGAAAUUAUGAUUUGGAACACAGAAUGCAACUUAACGUGCUUUAAUAAUAAAGGACUUAUUGAGAAUGACCGCUGUUGUGAUGUGUGUCAGGUAGACUUGUUUAAUUUUUCAGUCAAACGGAAAAGUAACAUAUUAAGGCUGCUUUUUGAUUCAGGCAAAGAAAAUCAGGAAAAGGUGCACAUCACAAAAAGGUAACGUGAGCUCAAAGUAAACAAGAUCCCAAACGCGUGAAAACUGUAAUUCAUGCAAAUAAAUCGUAAUUGCUCAAGGGCUCUUUUGAUUUUGCAUGUCAUUGAUUGAAAGGAUGACGCAAUCGCUCAGCACCAGUCACAAAAGUGCGCUGUUAAUGAGAUUCCGGAUUAUUUCCCACUCUCACUGUGGGGGUUAAGGAGUGGAAACUAAAACUUUUAACAUACCUUCCCACCUAAUUAAGUAUAAAUUUGCAUUUCUAAGUCUUUAGAUUUCCAAAUCUCGCCAUGGAUGGUUUCUAUGGAAACCUAAAUUCUCUUUCCCUCUUCGUUCCUUGUUUUUCAGCCUGACCCUCCGGUCCCAUUGGUUUUUUUUUGUUUUGUUUUGUUUUUGUUUUUUACCAUGACUGCUGACCACGAUAAUUUUAUCCUGCUUACUUUCAGGGAGAUUCUUGUCCGAAACCAAAGGAUUUCUUUCAAGACAACAAGAAAUUUCGUCCCACCUCCUGCCUUGAUUAUUUGCUGAAGGGUGCAUCCGCCUGUGGAAUGUACCGCCUCUACGACUCUUCCGGCAACAGUUUCCCAGCAUACUGUGACUUAAAGUCCGAGCCUGGUUUUGCA